UAUCCCUCUGUUUUAUAUUUCAUUGAUUCAGGAGGACAUGAAGCCUCAAACUCCAGCUCUUGCUAAGCAGUUUCUGGAUUCCAUUGAGGGGUUUGGACCUGCUCCUUAUGACCCAGUAGCUGGUUUUGUGGUGUUCUAUGACUUCCUGCUGGGGUUGGAUCCUGUGUAUCGUGUUAGCCGCCUGGUUGUGGGGCUGUACCAUGGCACAGAAGAAAUGGGAGAUCCUUCCCCACUUCCAGCUGCCUACUGUGACAUCAGCAGCUCGCCUGCCUACUUCCCAGACACCAACCGGGGCAAUGGAGCAAUCCUGGCAGUCAAGCAAGUUGUCCCCAGGGUGCGUCCAUCUUCUGGUAUCAGUCUUGUCAUGGAACUUCAGGCUUCUGGUGGCUCUGAUCCCUAUGGACAGGACAUCAACCGUCUUGUCUCACGAGGCUGGAUCAAGGCAGAUAUUUUUGACAGUCAGAAUUGUGUAAUUAGUGGACGAUGGAAGGUUCCAGUUCGUGUUCUUCCAGUUAUCCCAUCCAUGACCACGGGUGAACUGAAUGGAGUGCCUCAGUUGGGAAAUGCAGAAUUGUAUUUUCGUUUAGUCAAUGCAAGAGAUGCCAACGUCCAGACAACUGCUGCUAUCGAUCCCAACAAUGCUAGACUGUAUAAAUACCCACCACUGGCUGCAGUACGCACUAGUAUCCCCAUUGAUGCUCCAUUUUCAUCCUAUCGUCCAUCUAACCAUUAUGCAACAAUGCAGCUGGUCUACCCUGCUUUUGGAGAGAGUGUGGACCCUCCUCCCCCCUCUGCUAAUACAGUAGUCCCCCACUACUCUGCCUCAGCUCGAACUCAAUAAGGACAGUCAAUAGCUGGAAGAAGCAACAUUCAAAUAUGUGCAACAAUGUUCCACCGGUCCGGCUGAAUGAUAUGGAAAAGAAAAUUCUGGAAAGUGGAAGUUUUGACUGAUAAGUGACUCUGACAGGACCUCUUGAUGAAUUAGAAAUUUUCUUGAUGUGUAAACUACAA